UUGUGGGGGUUUUUUGAUCACCGGUACUAUGUCGGGCCGCGGAAAGCAGGGAGGCAAAGUCCGGGCUAAGGCCAAGUCGCGCUCGUCGCGGGCCGGGCUGCAGUUCCCCGUGGGUCGUGUGCAUCGGCUCCUCCGGAAAGGAAACUACGCGGAGCGGGUCGGGGCUGGAGCUCCCGUCUACAUGGCGGCCGUGCUGGAGUACCUGACGGCCGAGAUCCUGGAGCUGGCGGGCAACGCGGCCCGCGACAACAAGAAGACGCGCAUCAUCCCCCGCCACCUGCAGCUCGCCAUCCGCAACGACGAGGAGCUCAACAAGCUGCUGGGCAAGGUGACGAUCGCGCAGGGCGGGGUGCUGCCCAACAUCCAGGCCGUGCUGCUGCCCAAGAAGACCGAGAGUCAUAAGGCUAAAAGCAAAAGCUGGGAGCGAGCCCAGCGCCUUGCGGCCGGCGCUGCCCAUGGGAUCGCUCAGCGGGACUGGGGGUGGCUGAAGAGAAGGGCGAGCUGCUCUUCCUGCUCUACGAAGCGCAGCUGCUCCGAGUUGCCUUCCUUGGAGCCUCAGAGCCAAAUUAUUCCCUCUGAAGACCGCCAUCGACCAUUUUCCCUACUGCUAAAGGGCAUCGCUCCCAGCUCCCUCUCACACCGACCUGCAGGUCUCUCCAUGCUGAACGCUCGGUAUCCGGCCCCCACGGAUGCUCUUAGAAGGAGAGUGCAGCUGUGGGAGCGCAGUAGCCGGAGUCGCCAAGCCGAAGACAACAAAGAGAGCCCUGCCACACGCAGAUACACAGGCAAACACGUCUUUGUGUCAUACCUUUACCUGUCAACCAUAUUUUUAGCACUGCAAGAAGAGCUGAGAGCCUAAGAAUUCUAGUAGAACAGACCAUAAGGAGACAGCACAAGUUGCAACGUUUUGUUCUGUGAAUGCUCUGAGAAGCCAGAGCUCAGUCUUUGCUCAGCACCUUAAGGAAAAUGAAAGACUAUCCCUAUAGUUUCACUAAACCUCAAGUUAUUGCCUUCCUAAACAUGUGCCAACAAAAGUAUAAAUGCUAUUUUAUCAGUUCACAACCAAAUACAGAUCAGUAUUGUAUUACUACUAUCUUCUCUGACUUAAAGCAGACUUGCUGAAAUUAACUUUAAUUCCUUACACAGAAAAUAUUUAAUUUAUACACAGAUUAAAUGUGAUUUUAAAAGGAAAAUUAAGUAUUUUGGGGUACUUGGUGUUUUGUUUGGAUAUUUUUUUAACAAUAUAGUUUUUUCACAAAUUUCUAGUGAUUAGGGAAAUAAAUAUUUUUCCAUUUAAUAAAGAAACAUUGAAGUAAAGAGAAAUAAGUUUUCAAGAAGUAUGAAGAUUAGAAUUUACUGAAAAACUUUUCAGGAAUUUUGUUUUAGUGCGGUUUCUGUUCCAAUUUCCUUUUAAUAUAUAUAUACUAAGAACUACUUUACAGAAGAUAUUCAUUGGCAUAAUUUGA